AUGCGCUUUGCAUUGCUCGCCUCGACGAUCGCUACGUCUGUCUCUGUGAUUGCAGCACCAACCGGUCUGCACGCCAGAGCCGAUGUAUUGGUGGAGCCUCGGGUAACUCCUGCUAAGCCAGCGCCAUGUGUGCGCGACCCCAGCACCACGAAAGAGCAGAACAAGGAUCGCUUCGAUGCUUUCGUGCAGGCUUUGAUCUAUAAGUCUGAUAUCACUAAGGCGUUUUCAUAUGUUACCCAGGACUAUGCUAACCACGGUAUUUCAGUGCCAAAUGGAUUUGAUACUGGAUGGGAUGCUUUGUCGCUCACUUGGGACCCUUCAAGCAUCACGCCGCUGGGCGCGACUUUUCAGUAUCCCCAGGGCUGGGUGAAGUAUAAAACGCAGUUCAGAGAGGUUGUUGAGGGGUUCCGUAUGGAUGGUGGAUGCAUUGCUGAGCACUGGGUCCAGAACAAAGAACUUCCGCUUGAGGCACUGACAGGAAAGAGAUCACACUCAAACCCUAUCUCUCACUGCUGUGCCUCUUAA